UUAAGCGAAGCUAUGGCCAGUGAUCUCCGUGACCUGGCCAGGCGAGUACGUCAGUGUCCGCUGAGGGAGAAAUUCAGACCGGGCUGAUCCGUAACUUUGAUAAACAAACUAUUUUGACGCAACCCAAUUACUUGAAUGUGCAUGGGUUUAUCAAUUAUCUGAGUUCGUUACCCGCUACAGGGAAGUUGUUAUACCUAAAUUUUCUCAUACCUAGUGUUCUUGCCAAUAGACGAUCGUAAGCGACAGUAAUUUUUUUUAGAAAUGGUAAAAAAAAAUGAAAAACUAUCCCGCUGGUAUUUUGGUGGAUUGGCUUCCGCAGGUGCUGCAUGUGUCACCCAUCCGUUGGAUUUGUUGAAGGUCCAUCUGCAAACACAGCAGGAGGGUAAAUCAUCUGUAUCGAAAAUAACUUUGAAGAUAAUCAAGCAUCAAGGUGUUUUCGCACUUUACAAUGGCCUCACAGCCUCCCUUCUACGCCAGCUUACUUAUUCGACAACCAGAUUCGGCUUUUACGAGGUUGGAAAACAAGCCCUGGAAACUCCAGGCUACAGUUUGCCGUUUCACCAACGAUUAUUUUUGGCUGGCAUUUCAGGAGCUGUCGGCGGAGUUAUCGGUACUCCUGCAGAUCUUAUUAAUGUACGAAUGCAAAAUGAUAUCAAAGUAUCGCCGGAGCUGAGAAGAAAUUACAAACAUGCAUUGGACGGCCUGUUCCGAGUAUGGAAAGAGGAAGGCUUUCUUCGACUUUUUAACGGUUGCUCGACUGCGACCAGCAGGGCGGCCCUCAUGACUAUCGGACAGUUAAGCUUUUACGAUCAGAUUAAAAUGCUAUUAUUACAAUCUGGCAUGUUCACUGAUAGUCCGACCACACAUUUUUUGUCCAGUUUAUCAGCGGGUGCGAUAGCGACAACUUUGACCCAGCCUCUGGAUGUCCUCAAGACCAGAGCCAUGAAUGCCAAGCCCGGAGAAUUCAAGAAUAUGAUCGAUCUCAUACUUUACACCGCUAAACUUGGACCUCUGGGAUUCUUCAAAGGGUAUAUACCUGCAUUUGUUCGACUGGCACCUCACACAAUCCUGACGUUCGUCUUCUUGGAACAACUUAGAACAAAUUUUGGUUUUACACCUAAAUUUCAAUGAGAAACGGCAAUAGGAAUACAAUAUUAAUCUAGGUUUAUUUAAAUAUGAUUAUCAAGUUCAGCGGAAUUGAAAUCGGCAGGUGUUCCCAGCCUGCUUUUUUUGAUUCAGGAGGGAAUCAGAAACCGAGUUAUCGAUAUAUCAGAGAGGGAGAAUUUGACAAAUAAUCGUUUGUAGAAAAAUUGUAAAACUUGGAUGUUCCGUGACUACAGUUGACGGAAAAAUAAUCAGCACUAGCGAAUUACCACACCGUAUGAUGCGAUUGCCAAAAAUGAUUACCUGUAUACAGGGUCUGGAGUAUAAGUAGAAUUGUUUUUAAAUGUUGUUAUCGUUAUUAGUUUAGAAUAAGUCUACGGGAUGGACUUUGGUUUAUAUCAGUAAUCAAUUCAUUAUUCAAUAUUUUCCAGAUGUGCAUUCCACAAAACAUUAUUUUUGCAUAUAUGCUGGCAUAUAUAAUAUAUACAUCUAAAUACUUUUGUUGAUAUUUAUUCGAACAUAUCCGUACUACAUAUACAUAUACACACAUAUGUAUAUAGAUAGAUUCUUUUUCAUUUAGCAAUGUGGCAUGUUCCAUGCAAUUGUACCUAAAAGAUUUGAUUUAAUUUGACAAUGUUUUUCUCACUCCUCCCAUUUUAUUCUAUUUCGUUAAUUUGUUUCCAGUAACAAAAAUUAUUUUGAAAACAAAUUUCAAAAGUUUUCCCUGUUAAAUAAAAAAAAUCUAAAAUGGGUGGUACAGAGUAACGUCGAAUGACUGAGCAAAGCGAUUUCUCGUUUGUUUGGGCUUCAUCCUAUUCCGUAAUCCAAUUAUUAUCAACCGUUGUUCAUCAAUAUUUCAGGUGCUAUAUAUUUGUCGUGUUUUCAUGUCACCUAGUUACAUUCAUGUUAUGGACUAAAUUCUUGUAGAGAUUCAACAUAUAAUAAUCCAUCAAUAAUCCGUAAAACGGUAUCGUAAAUGAAUAUCAAUUGAAAGAAUAAUAGACAGAAAAAAAAAAUGAAAAAUUUCAAUGCCGUCUAAAAUUAAAUUACUAUCAAAUGUGUAAUACAAACUGAUGUGCAGGAUACAUCAUUAUGUAUACAUUUCAUUAUGAGGAUUAUAUUUUUGAUACUAUUUAUCAAAAAGUGAUAAUACGGUGGUUUGGAACGCUGAUCCGGCGUAUUGUGAGUCUCACAAUCGAGAAAUUUUUCAUAAUAUCUUGGCCAUUCGAUAUUAAUAUCUUUUAUUAUUCGAAAAUUUAAUAGACAAACUACCGAACAAUUUAUGCUCAGUUACAGGACCAGUAAAAAAAUAAUAAUUUCAAUCAAGGCUUGCUUUUUUGCGUAUGCAUACAUUCAUAAAUUAUCGUUAUUGUUUUAGUAAUUUUUCUGUCACGUUUUUACAACUUUACUUUUUUUCUUGCUCUGUUUUAUCAAGUAUUUAACAUAAUAAUAUUUACAGAUGCAUAGCUAUUACAUCCUUGAUUGCUUUUAACAUUUACAUAUGCAUUAUAUUAUAAAGCUAGCCUUGAUUCUUUGAUCAUUAAUUCAUUUUCACUUUCUCUAAUGGAAUCAUUUACAUUAAGCAGCUUUGGACCUCGCUAUGGUGAAAAAUUCAUCGUUACAGAUCUGUUUCUGUUAAUUUCUCUUUUGUUCCAUUCCUCGUUUUUUUUUUUUUUUUUUUUUUUUUUUUUUUUUUUUUUUUUUUCCAGUUAUUUAUACACUUUGCACACUGAUUAUCACACUAUUAUUUAACCAGGAAGGUGUUGCAGAGUAACAACAUGUCUAUAGACAAGAAAAAAAGAAACCAGUAAGUUAUUGUUAAACACUGCAUUUUACUUGUUUCGUACUAUUCGUAAAUUUGCAUAUCAAUACCCACCGGACUAUUGUACAUACAUACAUGUACAUACCUAAAUGCAUAGUUAUAAUCGAUCAUUGAGUUUAUCAAUACAUUAUACGGACGAAUGUAUAUUUGAAGAAAUUAAAUAAAUAAUUAUUAUUAUUCCAACACUGCAGGUCUAGUGUAAAAAUUAAUCAUGAGAAGUGAACUAUCGGCUACUCACAAAAUGUAAUUAAAAAUGCCGUCUUUGACGAUAUUGUAAUAAACUUGGGUAUUGACUACAUUAUAUAUGAUAAAAUCAUAUUUAUUCAGCGAAUUUUUUACGUUUUAUUGACAAAAGAAUAGUUUUUUGUACCUACGUAUACAUAUAUAGAUCAUGCUACAUUAUCCGUUCGAGAAUAGGUUGCAAUCAAUGUUUUCCCGCUUAAGUGACAUGAAAUUAUAUUAUAUUCCAUAUGUUAUAUGUAGGUAUAUUUAAAACUUAUAGCUUUUCAACAUGUCUUACGUAAAAAUUCAAGAUUCAUUGCAAUUUUUGUAUCAUCAAGAUUGUAGUCAAGUGAUACUGAAUCUUUACAUCACAUAUAAAGAAUCGUGAAAAUUUGAUACACUGAACAUGUGAAAAAAUUUAAGUAACCAUUUUUCAGUCCUGCUCAAAAAAUGACCUUUCAUGUGUAUUGAGAAAUAUCAAAUACAACCUGGCUGCAUUACUUAUUAUUAACAAUCAGAUCAGGUCUUUUUACGGAAUAAUAAACGCCCAUUUAAUUUUUUGAGACCACAUUUGAUAAUUAGACAAUGGUAGACUCCGGAACGGAAUGACGAAAGUUAUAUAAGGUGAUAACUAAUGACUUAAAUGAGAUUGCUUUGAAAGAAAAAGUAAAGAUAAUAAAAUAUAUCCAAAUUACUUUUACAGAGAUUCUAGUCUUUAUGAGAUUUUGGCUAUCUUAGGAACGUUUGAGAUAAGAAGACGGAAAUGCAAAUAUCGGUAAACAGAAUCAAUUCCAAGCCCAUAUAAAUCCUUAAUUAUUAAAAUACACAUCUAAAAAUAGGUACAUCAAUUAUUCACAGUACUUGUCUGGUUCAUACUUAAAAUCAACAAAUUAAACUGUCAGCACCACAUAGUUUUUACGUUGUUUUAAUGAGAAUCUACCAAAUCACGAAAUCGAAAGUAAUCCGAGUUGAGAGAGACAAAUUGUUUGACAUUGUGGUAUUGACUGACUCAUAAAGGUCACCGGGACACUCCAGUUUAAGUAUAAUCGUAAUCCUAAAUAUACGCAUGAAUAUUUUCAGGCAUAUUUCGAUUAAUGCCCAAAGAGCGAGAAUGAAUAGAGUAGUUUUUUAAUUGCAGACAAAAGAUAG